AUGGUGUCUAUGAACAAAUUUUCAAAUGACACAGGGAGAACUAAUAGACUCAGACCCAUUUUGCAAGGUCUGAUUCUAAUCUGGCUUGAGCCCUGGGUGAGCAUGUUACAUUUAACUGUCAAAGCUUUGAUGUGCAAUGUGCAAGUUCCAUGUCAAUCUGUUUGGGAAGCAAGAGCUCUACUAGGAAGACUUAAGUAUCAAAAGGGUAACAUAGAAGUUGCACUUCAUGCAUUUGAAGGAAUAGACAUUGCUGCAGUGACUCCUAGGAUGAAAGGAUCCAUUUCUAGAAGAUGUGAACAAAAUAGACGCCGUUCACAGAGUGAUUCUGUCCCACCUAUGUCAAUGCAUGCUGUUAGUCUGCUCCUUGAAGCUGUUCUUCUCAAAGCAAAAUCAUUGCAAGGCCUUGGACGAUAUGAAGAAGCUGCUCAAUCAAGCAAAGUUAUUUUGGACACUGUAGAAUCUGCUCUGCCAGAUGGCUUGCCUGAAAACUUCACUUCAGAUUGUAAAUUACAAGAUACUUUAUCUAGGGCUGUUGAAUCACUACCAGAGUUUUGGAGUUCAGCCAUCAGAAUAAUUGGUGGGUUUUUCACUGUAAAUCAGUGCAUUUUCAACUUGUGGCACAAUGAUUUUUCUUUCCUUUAG